UUUUCAGACCGACAAAAACUUCCACCAAACAGAGUGAUGGCGGCCGUUGUGUCUGUUAGAACAGCUGCCAGAGAUGAGAGCACAGACACAGGUCUCAGUUUCGCCUCUCGUCCGCUUCACGAUAACUACGACCUCCCUGUGGAUGCGGGUCACGAAAGCUGGAUGUCCGGAGGAGACCACCGGUAUCAUGAACCCGGCGGAGAGGACUCACCGUCGGACCGCGACUGUCAGCGGAGGGUCGACGAGGACCUGACAUCACUGAGCCCCGAAGAGAUAGAGAGCCGCUUAGAGAGAACUCGCCGGGAGUUUUACAACCGUAGAAAAAUAAUAAUAAAGAAUCUACCCUCCGACGUUAGCAAUCAGGAGGUCCAUGAGCUGUUGGGCAACUAUGACUUGAAGUACUGCUUUGUGGAUAAAUACAAGGGCACAGCAUUUGUGACACUUCUCAAUGGGGAACAGGCACAGUGUGCUAUCAAAGACUUCCACCAGCAUGUGCUACGGGACCGGGAGAUCUCUGUGCAGCUGCAGCCAACAGACGCUCUGCUGUGCAUCGCCAACCUGCCCCGCGCCUUCACCCAGCAGCAGUUUGAGGAGUUGGUGCGGCCCUUUGGUAACCUGGAGCGCUGCUUCCUGGUGUACAGCGCCUCCACGGGGCACUCCAAGGGCUAUGGCUUUGUGGAGUACAUGAAGAAGGACUCUGCUGCCAGGGCCAAGUCGGAGCUGUUGGGAAAGCAGCUGGGCUCCCGCAUGCUGUACGUCCACUGGACUGAAGUGGGCUCCCUCACAUAUCCACUGCUGAACUCCAAGUGUCUCUGUGUGGACCGUCUGCCCCCCAGCCUGCUGACAGCCCAAGACCUCCGCAAUGCCCUGGCUGACACCCAUGCGCCAGUCUUCUGCCAGUUGGCUCAGGGACAAGAUGGAAGUUUUCGUCGGUUUGCGGUCUUAGAGUUUCCCUCAUCUGAGAUGUCAGAGGAGGCGCAGCGCCUGUCUGACGGCAGGCUGCUCGGUGGGACAAACAUCAGGGUGUCCUUCUGUGCCCCUGGGCCUCCUGGAAGAAGCAUGUUGGCUGCUCUGAUCGCUGCCCAAACCAUGGCUGUGAAUAGGGGUAAAGGUCUCCUCCCUGAUCCCACAGCCAUGCAGAUACUAACAGGCUUGAAUAACCCUGCCACCCUCAAGAUGCUGCUCAACCCGCUGUCACAGGGGCCCAAACAAGGCCUCCUCGGGGCAGCUCCCACAAUGCCCCUGCUGGCAAACCCCGCCCUCUCCGCCGCCCUGCUCCAGCUGCUCCUUCAGAACCAGGCCAAGGUGCAGCAGCAAGUCUUUCUGGGAAAUCAUCUUCUUUGGGCUCAGGUGCUGCACAAUAAAGAAAACCCUCUAGUCCCUUGUGCAGGACUCAUCGGGGAGAAUCCUCUGGCCGCUCUGCCUGUCCAGCAGGGAGUCCAUCUGCUCGGAGACCUGCCCCAAGGUCUUGGUCUUCAAACGGAUCCUAUGGGCUCCCUGAAGUCAAUGCAACAUGGCAGAUCCCUGGCAAGGGAGCAGGAGUCCCCCACAGCAAUGUGCACCUUCCCCCAGACUUCCUCUCCCACCCUGCAGGGCAUCUCCAUGCCCCUGAUGGGUGGCAUGAUGGGAGCAGAUGGCCUCACAGCACAAGGGGUAUCUCUACUGGGAGACCCUCCAAAAGAUGUGAACCAUCCCCAGAGUGCCUUCCUCGGUGUCAACAGUGGUUUUCCCUCAGUAGAAAGCUGCAGACCUCACCCCUAUAGGAAAAGACCCACUCUAAGUAAUGUGUCCAACCAUCACACAUAUCAGAGCUUACAGCCAAAUUACAACCUGCGCUACCAGGACUCCUACAGCCCCGAGUACCCUCCUCUCCACCAGGAUCCUCUGGCCCACCUGUAUGAACUGCAGGAGAACCUUGAUACUGGAGCUUUGGCUGGAUUUCGUCAGCAGCUUCCCCGUCACCCUGACUACAGUGAGCGGUUCCCCCCCUACAGUUACCCUCCCAGUGAACCCAUGUCCCCCUACUACAGCUCGGGGCCGGAGGACAGAAACCUUCCAACCCCCCAUCUCAACAGGGCUGUGGGAAUGCCUCCUGCGAGCCACGCCACAGACUUCCCCCCAGGCCUGAGCAAUGCUGCCAAGACUCCUAUUGGUGGCCACAAGCGUGUGUUCUCCCGGCUGAUCCCAUCUCCGGAGCCGAGCCCUGAAGGGGGCUACGUGGGCCAGCAUUCUCAGGGCCUUGGGGGCCACUAUGCAGACUCCUACCUGAAGCGAAAGCGUAUAUUUUAGGUACAGCUGAAUGCUUCUUGCUGUAGGAGUAGCCAAUCAGCAGCCAGGACACAAUGGCAUCUCCUCCGCUCUCCUUUGAACUUUAUAGCGUGGUGUUCCUUGGAUUUGUCUCUGUACUCCUGAGGGACCCCUGGAGGGUCGGGGAGUGCAGCCUGUUGCUAUCUGGACAGUUGUGUCACUUCAUUAGAAUUCUUGGUGGUUGUAUUUUUUUCUGUUGUGUAUAUAUGAUUUUAGUGUGUUGGUAAAUUUUAAGUUUUUACUUUUUUCCUUAUUUUUAAAAUUUGACUUUUAAUUUCCUGUUGAAAAACGUGUACAGUGAAAAAAAAAAAAGGUUAACCAGGAAAUGGAAGUAUUUUCUCUUGAUCAUUUUUAUUCCUGUGAGUGUGCCAUAUUAGCAGAGCUACAUAUAGUUUGGCCAGUUUUCAAUGGUGGCCAGAGGCUGCUUUUCAUAAUGUAAAGUGAGGCUGUCCACAAUUUCCGUAAAGGGACUUCGUUGUAUUUAAAAACAAGCUUUAAUUCAAAAGUUUACUUUUUUCUUUAAACAGCUUUCCUAAUUCCAUGUAAAACGUUCAGUAGUUUGUUUAUAGAGAUGGUGUUUUUUCUUUUUUCUCCUUUCACAGGGUUGUAUAUUUUGCUUUAUUACUCUUUCUGGAUCCAGGCCUUAUUUCAUUGGUUAACAUACAGCUCUCCAUCCACCAAUGACAGCUGUAUGUACCAGCCUGUGUAUAAUGACACUGAAGCUUUUUACCCUUCUGGCAUAUUUUCUCAAGCCUAAUCUUUUCCACGUUGUUUGUCCUUUGAUUCACACCCUCCAACUUGUUUACGGAGUCUGUUCUCUACACUGGUUGAGUGAUGCACUUGGAGGUCACAAUCCUAUCUGUUCUCACCGCUAUAAGAUGCCAUUCUUAAGUCUUCUCUCACCCGUAUGUCCAGGAGUUAAAUGUUUUCUGUUUGUAUGAGUUCUGGUUUAUAAAGUCUAAAUUCCAAACGCCACAUCUCUGGUUGAGUUGAUGGGCCGGUGGACAUGUGCCAUUCCUUUGAGUCUUAAGAUGUACUAAUGGAAGCUAGUAAUUGGUCAGUGACAUGGCUGUCUGUUUUUCUUUUUUCUCUUUUUUUUUAAUCUAUCUGGUUGACAGUUUGAUUGUGAAAACCCCAUUACCUCUGACUUCUGCUAGGAAAUGCAGCUACACUUGAGCCUUAACAGUGUUUUCUGUGACAUCAUCCUGCCCUGUGUUGGCUUACAUCUUACCAUUUCUGUGUUUUUUGCUGUGUAAAUAGUUAAGCUUGAUACUUUUCCAGAGUCCAAAACUUUUGUUUUUCUUAAAUCAUACCUGCCUCUGGUCUGGUGUUUUGAAUGAAUUUGCUGCUCCUCGUGUUUUUGUUGUUUGGCUGUAUGUGGGACAGCUGAGUGGCGCCACAGCAGGCCGCCCAUGUUGUGUAUGGACCAAGAGAUACUGUGUACGUACUGUAUGAUCAUUUAUUUUGAUUCUACCAUCUUCUCAUCUGUACUGCCAUUGUUGUCUCUGUAUGUGUGUGAUGAGAGCAAGUAAAUGUUAUUUAAACCUUUAA